AUGGGCGAGUGGCGGAGAGAGCAGGAAGCGGUGGAUCAGCAAACCAGCGAGCUGACACGACGGCUUCGGAAUUACAAGGCUGAGAUCGCGAUGUUGGAGCAGACGCUCCAAGAGCAGGCGACCAAAGAUCCGGAGGAGAUGGCUGCGAAUUUCAGCAAGGAGGCCAAGGAACUGCGCAGCAAGGAAGCUGAGCUUUCUCGCGCUUCGGCAGAUUUGGAGAAGCAGGUCGGUGACUGCGAGCAACGCGCCGCCCGCAGCCAUGCAGCUGAGCGCGACUGCGAGCGGGUGCUGUCGACGCUGCGGCAGCAGGGCAAGGAGAUGCGGCAGCGGCUCAUGGCUGCGGAGAAGAAGGUGAGCGACCUGGGCUCCGAGGAGCAGGGCCUGGUCAGCGCCCGGUCCAACAUCCUUCGACAGAGCCUCGUGGAAGGCAUCGAGGUCCCGUUGCUGCGGGGCGGUGCCCAAGCUUUGCAGGAGCUUGCCGAGGAGAGCCAAUCAGCUUCCGCGCCCACCCAGCAGUCUCCCAGCGAUGCUGCGAACAGCAUUUUGGUGGACUUCUCAUUGCUGCCGGAGGAGAAGCAAGCGGCGUCCCACGGACCCGCAGCUCAGAUGCUGGAGGGGGAGUACCGCGCGGAGCUGGACCGCUUGCACACGGAGCUGGAGCGCCUCAGCCCCAACUUGAAGGCCAUGGACCAGCUCCACAGCGUCAGCGAACAUCUGCAGGCUGCUUCGCAUGAAGCCGACACGGCGCGAAAGAGCAUCGAAGAGAUCGAGGGGAAGUUCGAGGCCGUGCGGAAGUCCCGUAAGGAGAAGUUCAUGGAUUGCUUCCAGAAAGUCUCUGCGGCCAUCGGCCCCGUGUACCGACGCCUCACUGCACAGAACGGCGCAGAUGGCGGAUCCGCGUAUCUGGACUUGGAGGACAGCGAAGAUCCCUUCAACGGCGGCAUUAAGUUCACGGCCAUGCCGCCGGCCAAGCGCUUCCGCGACAUGCAUCUGCUUUCUGGGGGUGAGAAGACCUUGGCUGCCAUGGCACUGCUCUUCGCAGUGCACUCCUUUCAACGCCCGCCCUUCAUGGUGCUGGAUGAGGUGGAUGCUGCUCUGGAUGCCAACAACGUGCGGGCUUUAUCGAAGUACGUGGAGCAGGCUGACUGCCAGACCAUCGUGAUCUCGCUGAAGGAUCGCUUCUUCAUCCGAGCAGACGCUUUGGUGGGCGUGUGGAAGAAUAAGCCGCAGGAGACAUCUGCCAUCCUCACAUUGGAUCUGACCAAGUAUGCGGAGUCGUGA